UUUGCGCGUCUCGCGAGCGUUGGGGUGACUGGCGGAGGCCGUGCUGCCAGGUUCGGCUCUCGGCGACUGCGAGGCUGGGGUGCAGCGAGAGCGGAGACCAUGUUCCGAGCGGCGGCUCCGGGGCGGCUCCGGCGGGCGGCUUCGUUGCUACGAUUUCAGAGUACCCUGGUAAUAGCUGAGCAUGCAAAUGAUUCCCUAGCACCCAUUACUUUAAAUACCAUCACUGCAGCCAAAAGUCUUGGAGGUGAAGUGUCCUGCUUAGUAGCUGGAACCAAAUGUGACAAGGUUACACAAGAUCUCUGUAAAGUAGCAGGUGUAGCAAAAGUUCUGGUGGCUCAACAUGAUGCGUACAAAGGCCUCCUUCCAGAGGAACUGACGCCAUUGAUUCUGGCAACUCAAAAGCAGUUCAAUUACACACACAUCUGUGCUGGAGCAUCUGCCUUUGGAAAGAACCUUUUGCCCAGAGUAGCAGCCAAACUUGAUGUUGCUCCAGUUUCUGAUAUCAUUGCAAUCAAGUCACCUGACACAUUUGUGAGAACUAUUUAUGCAGGAAAUGCGUUGUGCACAGUGAAGUGUGAUGAGAAAGUGAAGGUGUUUUCUGUUCGAGGAACAUCUUUUGAAGCUGCGGCAACAAGUGGAGGUAGUGCCGGUUCAGAAAAGGCAUCAAGUACUUCACCAGUGGGAAUAUCAGAGUGGCUUGACCAGAAAUUAACGAAAAGCGAUCGACCAGAGCUAACAGGUGCCAAAGUGGUGGUAUCUGGUGGUCGGGGUUUGAAGAGUGGAGACAACUUUAAGUUGUUAUAUGACUUGGCAGAUCAACUGCAUGCUGCAGUUGGUGCUUCCCGUGCUGCUGUUGAUGCUGGCUUUGUUCCCAAUGAUAUGCAAGUUGGACAGACAGGAAAAAUAGUAGCACCAGAACUUUAUAUUGCUGUUGGGAUAUCUGGAGCCAUCCAACAUUUAGCUGGGAUGAAAGACAGCAAGACAAUUGUGGCUAUUAACAAAGACCCAGAAGCUCCAAUUUUCCAAGUGGCAGACUAUGGAAUAGUUGCAGAUUUAUUUAAGGUAGUGCCUGAAAUGACUGAGAUAUUGAAGAAAAAAUGAAUCAUGAUCACAUCUUAAGAAGAAAAAGUAUGUCAGAGUAUUCAGCUGGACUCAUGGAACUUCAUGGAUGUCAUAACAAUCAUUGGAAAGCAUGAAAGAGCUACAUUUCAGAAUUUGAGGAAAAAUUUCUAAAACAUGCCAGAAUGCUUUUUUAUGGGAUUAUUAUUAUGUUUUUUUUUAAUCAUUUGUGGUUCUAAACAAUUAUUUUUUGAAAUUUUCUAAUUAUCUAGCAAAUCUAUAAUAAAGCCUUUCCAUAAAUCUAUAAUAAAGCCUUAAACGCUAUCGGAAAUAUGCCUAGCCUCUGAAAGAAAGAGAAAAUUGAAGAGAGGGAAUAAAAAUUCAUUUAUUAUUUUU